ACGGCUCUACAAAGUAGAGAAACAGCUACGACACUCUGUACCCCUCCCCAAUUCCCUCGUUGCUGUUUGGCUGUUUGGUUUUCGGUCUCAAGAAUUUCCUUCGGCGGCUCAGAUCUGGCUCACUCUAUAAUCUCAGCUCCGACUCUUCUCAUCAAACUUCAAAACCUUUCCCCUCUUUCUUCAUCCUUCUUCCUUUCCCUCCAUUUCUCUCUCUCUCUCUCUCUCUCUCUCUCUCUCUCUCUCUCUCUCCUGUUCUUUUGUCACAUAUACACAACACUUAGUUGUUUGAUUCUUCUACUAUUACCGGAAAGAUCCACUUGAAUGUUGGAUUUGUGGGUACCUGCUUUCUAUCUGUUUUUCGUAUUUCCCUCUUCAGUUAUCGAAUAACAACUAACCCAACAAAGUUGACCCUAUCCAAGUCUCUUGAUCUGAGCAGCCAGUGCAUGAGUUUUCGGUGGCAAUCAGUCUCUGUUUAUCUCACAGACAACAACAGUGGGCGGAAUAGCUGCAGCUGCCAAUGUGAUGGAUUGGGGUGUUAAUAAUUCAUAUAGUAAUCAGUCCUUAAAAGUGGAUAUGGAUCCCAAGUCUGCCACCGUAAUGGGUGGAGCAAGUAUCCCCCAUAUAGAGCCAGUAGAUAUUGGGUUGGGCUCUGUAGAGAAGGGAAGUACUAUUCUUACUGCUAAACCCAGGAAAAAGACCAUGACUUCAGUAUAUCUCAAAUAUUUUGAAACAGCUGUGGAUGGGAAGAGUCGGAAGUGCAAAUUUUGUGGACAAAGCUAUUCUAUUGCCACUGCUACCGGCAAUUUGGGGAGACAUCUGAGUAAUCGACAUCCAGGAUAUGAUAAGAUAGGGGAUUCUUCCAGCAGUCCCACUCCACAGCCCGUGACAGUUGCUAAGAAACCUCAAGCUCAAGUAAAGGUGCCUGUAAUUGAACUUGAUCACUUGAAUUGGGUGCUAAUCAAGUGGCUCCUUGUAGCAUCACUUCCGACUUCUACUUUGGCAGAAAAAUGGUUAAUAAAUGCAUUUAAGUUCCUCAAUCCAUCAGCUGAGCUUUGGAGUGGGAAAAAAUUCCAAACAGUGGUCCUUGAAGUCUUCAGAAGCAUGCAGGAAUCUGUGAGACUGAUUGUGGAGCAGGUUUGUUCCAAGGUUUCUGUCACUCUUGAUUUUUGGACUUCUUAUGAACAAAUCCUGUACAUGAGUGUUACAUGUCAGUGGAUUGAUGAAAACUGGUCCUUCCAGAAAGUUCUUCUUGAUAUUUGUCACAUUCCAAGCCCUUGUGGGGGGUCUGAAAUCUAUUAUGCUCUAUUGAAAGUCCUCAGGCUGUACAAUCUUGAGACUAAAAUUCUCUCUUGUACUCAUGAUAAUAGUCCAAAUGCCUUGCACGCAUGCCAUACACUGAAAGGUGAUAUGGAUAGUCAGAAAAUGGCUGCAUUUUGCUAUAUUCCCUGCGCUGCUCACACACUGAAUGCAAUCAUAAAUGAUGGGUUAAGAACUACAAAAGCAGUGAUCUUAAAGAUCAGGGAGUUCGUGCUGGAACUGAAUUCGUCUUUGGAGAUCUCUGAUGAUUUUGUGCAAUUUACCACAGCAUACCAAGAGGGGAACUGGAAGUUCCCACUUGAUGCCUCAGCACGGUGGAGUGGGAGCUACCAGAUGCUUGAUAUUGCAUGCAAGGCUGGUAAAUCGAUGGAAACUGUGAUAAGGAAGUAUGAAGAACAACUUGGUAGUAGAUUGCUGCUCAACUCUGCUGAGAAAAAUGUUGUUAAUAUUAUGCAUAAAUACCUUGAGCCCUUCUAUAAGACCAUUAACAACAUAUGUACAAAUAAAUUACUCACCAUUGGAAUGGUUCUCUUCUUCAUGGAUCAUAUUUCUGAGACAAUUUCCGCCUGCAAAGAUUCAAGGCAAACCCCAGACUGGCUCAAGAGUGCUGCUGAAGACAUGUAUAUCAAAGCUCAAAAUUACAGCGAUCAGGUUUGCAAUGCAUUCACCUACAUGACUGCAAUUCUUGAUCCACGGAUUAAAGUUGAACUCAUUCCUGAAUAUCUUAACUUAGAGCGCUAUCUAGAGGAGGCAAGAAAUCAUUUCAUUAGAAAUUAUUCUACCAGCUAUUUUUCAUCUAUGGCCAACACAUACAGCACUCAAGAGCUGGAAGACCAAGGAAGUGCUUCUUUUGCAGAAGAAAUUGCUCGUAAGAAAAGAAGGGCGAGCAUGAACUCUGCUACUGAUGAGCUUACCCAAUAUUUAUCUGAGCCACCCGUUCCAAUGCCAACAGAUGUUCUGGAUUGGUGGAAGGUAAACAGCUCAAGAUAUCCACGGUUAUCUUUGAUGGCUCGAGAUUUCUUGGCUGUGCAAUCAACAUCUGUGAUGCCUGAAGACAUAUUCUGUAUCAAGGGAGAUGAAAUUGAUAGACAGAGGUUCUCUACGCCCCAAUCUGAUACACAAGCUCUGCUUUGUGUAAAGUCAUGGAUGCAAAAUGGAAUCAAGCUGAAGUACAAAUCCACUGAGAUUGACUAUGAAAGGAUGAUGGAAAUAGCUGCUGCUUCAGCAAUAGAGAACAGCAGUAGGAGUUUCGACAGAAGCAAAAAAUGAUAACUUAGGUUGGUGGA